UUUUCCUUUUUUCCCCCCUUGCAGAGCAGAGAGUUUGGAGAGGAAGGGAUUACAAGAGAGUAAGCAGGCACACAAUGGGGAAUACACAUAAAAAGCAAUGCACUGGCACUGGCAGCCACGAGAAUAAAGCAGAGGAACACCUCAUAAAAGUAGUGCAGUUAUGUAUACAACUUCAGUACUUUGAUGAGCUCCAGUUAUUUUUGGCACAUAAAAGGUGGAUAGCUUCAAUGCUUUGUACUAGGGCUAUGCAAAUCAUUCAGUGGGAUGUUUUGCAAAGUGAGUGCAGUCCCCCUCAGAACCUGCUGCUUGAAGCACUGAGGUGGCUGUGCCUUUUGAAGCUUGGCUUGGCCAUUUCCAGGUUCUCCCACAUCAUCCUAGUAUACAAAGAAGCCCUUCAGCAGCUAUCUGAGUGGAACUGUCUUCUGUGCCUGCAUGGGUAUGCUCAGAAGACAUGAAGAGAGCCUUGAAGUGGCUGCCCCAAACCUUCCAGAGUUGUGGCUUCCUUAUGGCUUCAAGUAGUAGAUUUGGAGAUGCUUUGGUUGCUUCACAAAGCAUGCCCCGCAAAGGAUUUGACCAGCUCAGUUAUUAGUUGGAGUUACAAAAGUGUACAGAUCGGUUGCACAAAAAUUAUCAGAUAUCUUAACACCUUCAUAUUUGCAUGGCAGAAAUUUGGUGUCAGGUUAUUGCAUCCUUGAGACAUCUGUAUUUUCCUGCAAAGUUAGGAAACAACUUUAGGGGUGAGAUCACUGAAAUCUUGACCAUUUAAAAGAUUAUUUAUUUAUUUAUUUAUUUAUUUGGGAUGGGAGGAGGACAGCUGCAUAUAGAAAUGUCAUGGUUGUUUUGGCAUCCGUGGCUCCACAUUGCUGAUGGAAGAUGAUAAUGCUACUGGUAAUCACGACGAACAGGCUCAUCCCCAGGAGUUAAGUAAAAUAUAUCAAGUAUAUGAGAUACUCACAAAUAGACUCAUGCAAUGACAGUGCAAUCUAGUGAAUGAUUGUUCAGAAUAAAUCCUGCUGUAUUUGAAAUUGGUUAUACCCAGCAGGAGAGUAUAUGUAGGAUUGUAUUGACACUCUGCUAGACCCAUUUCUAAGAAAGCAUCCUUUCUAUACUCAAAUUGUUGGUUAGUUAAAUUUUCCUUACAAGACCUCAGAAGACCCUUAAAUAACUAAUUUCAGCUGCAUUUUACAGGUUCUUAAAUAUUCAAAAUGGAAGCACAGAAGGCAAAUCCAUUUUCUCCAAAUUCUCUGGGACAAGAUGUGAACCCUGAUCUUGACAUCGAACGAAAAAAUACUCCUUUUGCCAUUGAGCGCCUUACCAAUAUAUUGGAUGGCAGAGCAGAAAACACCAAGAUCCGGAGGGAAGUUGAGGCUGUGCUCCAGGCCGAUCCAGAAUUUAGCCGAGAAAACUGGUAUUUCGAGAACCAAAAUGAGAUACACGAAAAUGCUGUCAGAAAAACUAUUUACCUCUCACAAAAGAUGGCUAAACUGGGAUGGACUGAAGAUGGCCCAGAACAGCCCUACUGCUUUAGGUUUCUUCAUGGUAAUUUGGCUUUUAACAUACACACAGUCUUUAUGAAGAGCAUUUUGGCAUUAGGCACCGAUGAACAGAUUGACAAAUGGAUUCCCUUAGCAAAAAAGUACUUCAUCAUAGGAACCUACGCCCAGACUGAAUUGGGACAUGGAUCUAAUCUUCGGGGUUUGGAGACAACAGCCACAUUUGAUGUGGCCACUCAGGAGUUUAUCCUCAACAUGCCAAGCUUCUCUGCCAUGAAAUGGUGGCCAGGAGACUUGGGCCAAACUGCAACUCAUGCUGUGGUUUUUGCUCAGCUUUAUCUGAAAGGACGCUGUUACGGCAUGCAUCCAUUCAUCGUACAAAUCCGCAGCCUCAGAGAUCAUUCUCCAGCUCAAGGAAUAUCUUUAGGGGAUAUUGGUCCCAAAAUGGGCUUUCAGACUAUAGACAAUGGCUUUCUCAUCCUGAAGAAUGUCCGCGUUCCAAGAGAAAACAUGCUGGCCAAGUUCUCUCAGGUUCUACCAGAUGGUCAGUAUAAGAAACAAGGAUCUCAGAAAAUCAACUAUUUGACUAUGAUUGUGAUUCGUGUGACCAUGAUUCGGCAUGAAGUUGUCCUCAGUCUGAUGAAGGCUUGUACCAUUGCUAUCCGAUACUCUGUGGUGCGUCGGCAAUCUGAGUUAAAGCCUGGUGAUCCAGAGGCUAAGAUUUUGGACUAUCAGACUCAGCAGCAGAAGCUUUUUCCUCAGCUGGCCACUGUCUACGCCUUUCACUUUGUUUGCGACUAUCUGCGGGACCUUUUCAACAGAUGCUACAGUCAUACCAAAGAAGGAAACUUUGACUUGCUUCCAGAGCUUCAUGCACUGGCAGCAGGCCUAAAAGUGAUCACUACUGAGUAUAGCUCAGCUGGAGCGGAGGUGUGUCGCAGGGCUUGCGGGGGACACGGCUACUCUCUCCUCAGUGGCCUUCCUUCCAUUUAUAUGAACCUGGUCGCAUCUUGUACUUACGAGGGAGAAAAUACUGUUCUCCUCCUGCAAACAGCCAGAUUUCUUAUAAAAUGCUAUGGAAUGGCACAAAUGGGCCAGUCACUUCCUUCAUCAGUUGCCUACUUUUCUUCCACAAUUUUUGGAAAAUGCCAAGCCCAGGAAAAAAAGGAUUUCCUAAAUCCUGAUAUUUACACAGAUGCCUAUAAACACCGAGCUUUCAGGAGUAUAAGAAAUGCAGUGAUCAAGCUUCAACACUUGGUUCAGUCAGGAAAAGCACAACAUGAGGCCUGGAACCAGUGCACUGUGCAAUUGGCAAGAGCUGCAAUGGCUCAUAGCCAUUACAUUGUGGUGCAAAAAUUUACUGAAGCCCUGGAGAAGUUUGCAAAAGAGUCUGCCAUCCAGAGGGUCCUUAAAAAUCUCUGCGACUUGUUUGCGCUACAUGGGAUUUUCUCUAACGCAGGAGACUUUAUGCAGGAUGGGUAUUUUUCUACAGAGCAAAUUGACGGGGUGACUGAAACAUACCUGGACCUCUUGGCAGUCAUUCGGAGAGAUGCUGUACCAUUAGUGGAUGCAUUUGACUUUUCUGAUGCAUUUUUAAAUUCAGCCCUGGGAAGCUAUGAUGGCCACGUCUAUCAGAGGCUUUAUGAGUGGGCCAAGAAGUCACCAGCCAAUCACCAGGACAAUCGGGUCUUCAAGACAUACUUAAAGCCGCUUUUCCAGAAUGCUCUCUCCAAGCUAUGAAGACGGGGCUGGCACAGAGCAACUCCUUUCUUAACUGCCCUCCAAGCAAGAUUGUCAGCUUUCCAUAAUAAGCCCAUGUAAUGUAAUUGCAGGCUGCUUUUAAGCCUUACCUAUCAGACCUGAGUUGUCCUUUUGAAUUGUCCUGUCAUACAAAAGGCAGGCAGUUGAUUUCCAAAGAGCAUGUGGUGGUGGGUUGAUCACAAGAUCACCACAAAAGUGUAUGAUAGUGAUCCUGUGUUCAUUUUCCAUUCACAGCAGAUUUGACCUACAUGCAAUCAAAUGAAUUCUAUGAAAUCCACCCAGUUACAACCAGGGAAAAAGUCAUACAUAUCCUCCAAAAGAACUGUCUCCAUCAUGAUGCCUUCCAAAUAUACUAGCCUGCAACUAUCCACAGGAAAGUUGUAGUCCAAGGCAUCUGGCAGGCAGUAAGUUGGGAAAUGAUGCCCUAGAGUAGUGAUGAUUGGGGGGGGGGGGGGGGCUAACAGGAAAGGGUUUAUAGAGGUGGGGUUUGGGGGGGGCGCUUUUGAGUCAAUGCUGACUUCUAGCAACUGCCUAAACUAAUCCCUGCAGUUGUAAGGCUGAGAGAAAGUGACUGGCCCAAGGUCCCCCAGCUGGUUUUGUGCCUAUGGCAGGACUAGAACUCACACCAAUAAUUUUAAGUACUUUCCCUGUUUUAAAAGUUCCUUCAUUUGACAUUCCUGUAUGUCCUAGAAUGAAAUGCAGAUAGGUAAGUAGGAAAAUAGGGAGGAAGAAACAGCUUGCAAAUAUAAUUUCCACACUGCCUUUUAUUAGCUUUUUUGUUGGAAAGCAUUACAUUUGGGAAUAAUAUUGCACCUGGCAUUAAAAAAUAAGGAUUUCUACCACAGGGAUGGUUUUGCAUUCAGAAUCCAAUAUAAAUACUUCUAAUUGUACUGUCAUAGCUGCAGAUAUAAUAUUUGGUUGCUUGAUUUAUAAUGCAUAGAAAGAAACAGUUGCCAUAACUGCAAAAUGCUGUAUUUUGGAAAAUAAAACAAGGUGCAGGGGAUGGCCUUGGAGGUUUGUUGGUAACUAAAUUGUUAUAAUACUGCUUGCUCGCUGAUUUAGGAAAAACUAGGUUAGAUUACAUGAUGGUAGCAUUUCAUCUCCAAAAGCACCGUAACCAUUUCUGGGGACAACCCAGAGGAAUUUCUCCAGCUUUACCUCCUCUUGCAAUCAUCUCCAUGCGAUCUGCACAGAAAGGCAUGAGAAAUUGCCUCUUAUUCCCAGUGGUUUGUGGUAACAGGAGAUGGAUUAAACACAGUUUGAACCCA